CAUUAGGUUAGGUUAGGUUCAUUCGUAAAAGAUCACGCAAUGUUAUCAUUCGCUAGGGAUUCAAAUCUGGCAAUAACUAGGAGUCUUAUGAAUUGAUAGUAUCGUUGGAAUAAUCUGAGAGUAAAAAAUGGACCACGAAGAGGAGUUUCUCAGUAAUUUUUUUACCCAAGUAUCACAGCUCUGUGUUGACAAGGCUAAAGAAUCUGUGGAAAAGGAGAAGGAAUUAUGUCGCACCAUGCAAACAGGUCCUUGGGGAUUGCUGCUUACAGAUCUGCCACAGAUCGCAGUCGCAGAGCGAUCUUACGCGGACUUGGGCUUUCUGCAUACUAAGAAUAAAGGCUUCCUGAGAAAGGAUAAUUCCUUGCGCACAAUAUACGAGUCGUCCAGAUCAGAUCUUAAGAGGGUGGAAGAUGCGAGUCGAGGAUUCAAUGCAAUCGGAGCAACCGUUGCAGAGGUCUCGGGUCAGCUCUGCCAAUUUCUUACGGCGAGAAUGCAGCUGAUAGAUUUCUACGAGAAGAUGUACAGCAUGGGAACGAGCAGGAGCGUCAAAUAUCAAGAACUGCUCCAGGUUAUAACCGGAAUUGUGGACGCGCAUUCACUUUCUUGUUCGCACUUGGCGUUCAUCGCUAUCAAGACCGCGCUGACUCUGGAGUGUGAAAUACUAGUCGAGCUACUCAACGCACAAGUUGAAAUUCAAAACUGGAGGUUUUUGCCGGCACUUAUGGCUCUGUACGGCGCCCAAACUCGAAUGUCCGCGUGGGAAAGAACUUUGCAGAGUAAAGAGUCGUGGAAGUUGGGAUUCGGGACAACUUUUCUGAAAACUAAUCCACAGCCGGCGUUAUAUCAAUGGCUUGUAAAACUAAAGAACGGUAUACUGGCUAAAUGCUCUCUUUAUUUUCACGCUACGCUCAGUCAGCAGGCUAGUACCGGUGAAAUGAGAAGCAUCAUGAGCAAACAGAGCUGCGACUAUUAUCACAAAAUGCAAACAUUCCAAAGAAAAUAUGAUCUCAUCGCUGUCCUGAUAGUCUUUCACGCCACAGGGGUAGACAGCCCUGGUCCAGGAUACACGCACCCUAAGCGAGAAGUCGAUACAUCCGAAGAAUUUUCCAUCAUGGUCAGCUGUCCGAGUGUCUACAUGCAAAUGCCUUGUCUGCAUUGGAACAGCAUUACCAAAGCAAUAAAGGAACGACACGCAGAUCUUUUGAGCAUGGACAAGAUAAUAUAUACGAAAAGUUUGAAGGAGCUCUGCACCUAUGCAAUGAACAACAUAGAUCCACGUACGACACUUGUGGUUGUUUUCGAUACGAGCAAACAACGUGACAAGGAAUCCCACGUAGCGACUUUCAUGCAGGAAAUAUGCGUUCAACUCAGAUGCAGCAAAAUUUAUGAAAGCCUAAAGCUGUCGAAGUGAAAAAUAAGCAGAGAUAUUCUCAAAGGUGAAUUAAACUUUUUAUACAAUUUACAGAAACUGUGCUGUGAAACACACCGUAUUAUACAUAUAAAAAUGAACGGUAUAUGUGGCUGUGUUGUACCUGAUCGAUAAUCUAAUCAUCUUGCG